GGAGAGCUGUUGAGCCCUUGUCGCUGUGAUGGCUCUGUACGCUGCACCCAUCAGCCCUGCCUAAUCCGCUGGAUAAGUGAGAGGGGCUCCUGGAGUUGUGAGCUCUGCUACUUCAAGUACCAGGUCCUGGCCAUCAGCACCAAGAACCCACUGCAGUGGCAGGCCAUCUCUCUGACGGUGAUUGAGAAGGUGCAGAUAGCAGCCAUAAUCUUGGGUUCCCUGUUUCUCAUUGCCAGCAUCUCCUGGCUCAUUUGGUCCUCCCUCAGUCCCUCAGCCAAGUGGCAACGUCAGGACCUGCUUUUCCAAAUCUGCUACGGCAUGUAUGGCUUCAUGGAUAUCGUCUGCAUAGGCCUCAUCAUCCACGAGGGAUCAUCAGUGUAUCGAAUCUUCAAACGAUGGCAGGCUGUCAAUCAACAGUGGAAAGUACUAAACUAUGAGAAAUCUAAAGACUUGGGUGACCCGGUGAGUUCGAACAGUAAGAACGGUGCCCGCAGCGCUCGCAGCAACCCUCAUGGUCUGGCCAGCAGCAGCAGGGGGCGACAGAGCAGGAGGCUGAGGACUAUUCUGAACCACCACUGUGGAUACACCAUCCUGCACAUCCUGAGUCAGCUGAGGCCCAAUGACCCACGGAUCAGUGCCGCUGCCAAUCGAGAGGUGGUGAUGAGGGUUACGACUGUAUGAGAUGUACCAGGACAUCUUCUUUGUGUCUGAUGUAAAACAGUGGAGGAACUUGUGGACCUAAUAUGAAAAAUCACACACACACAAAAAGCCCUAAAGAGGGCAUCAAGGUCCCUGCAUGGAGCUGAUGAUGCCCAGAGCAUCAAUACAAUGAACACGAGUGAGGAUUUCUCCUUGUGUUUCCUACAACAGAAGGAAGCUAGACGCUCCUUUUCAGCCAUUUAAAAACUGUUGAAGAAAGGAACAAACAAGCACUAAAAACUUCAACAUGAAGUCUAAGGUGGGGGUGGGGAAGUUGUAAACAGGCUUUGUACCCUAAUACAGUGCAACAUGAUGGAGUUUUUUUAAUUCAAUAUCUGGAUGCACAGAAGCAUUCUGUUUUUGUUUGUAUUCUUCUGUUUGAUUUGUAUUGCUGGUUUUUUUCUACUUGAUUUGAUUUUAUAGGGAUGACUUUAAAUGAAACCGGGAGUGGUAACUCCAUACAUGCCAAACAUUUUCAGACUACUAUUUAUAAGGAUUUUAAAAUUUCUACAAGUCAUCCAAUGCUGGCGAAUAGACCGAAAACUGAGACUAAACAGACGUGAGGGGCAGUUAGAAGUGUUGAAGGAACAAUAAUUCAGUGUUUAAAGUAUUUCUGUUACAUUUAACCUUUCUGCAAUAAAAAUACAUAUGUACAUUUCAC